UGAUUUUGACUCGGACUGGAUUCCACCAUUUCAACUUGAGGAAUUAGUACUCGGGUUUUCAAAUCCCAACCUUCCUGCGUGGUUUUAUACACAACAAUAUCUUGAAAGAUUAACUAUAUGGGAUUCAUCAUUUGAGGCUCCAGACAAAUUUUGGAAUUUGGUAUCAUCAGUGAUUGAACUCGAAUUAGAAGACAAUUUGAUAGACGGAGACAUGUCAAAUGUGUUGUUGAACUCUACAAUCAUUGAUAUAUCAUCAAAUCAUUUGAAAGGUUGCUUGCCUCAAUUAUCAGCAAACGUGGUUAUUGUCUCAUUAUCAAAUAAUUUAUUAUCAGGAGAAUUGUCUCCCCUCUUAUGUGGUCAUAAUGUGUCGAAUGGGAAAAACAAUUUGUUGUAUUUGGACAUAUCAUUGAAUAAUCUAUCUGGAGGACUUACGAAUUGUUGGAAGAAUUGGAAAUCUUUGGUUGCUGUUCACUUGGGAAGCAAUAAUCUAUCAGGAAAGAUACCUCCAUCACUGGGCUUCUUAUCUAAUCUCACCUCACUCCAUUUGCAUGAGAAUAAACUACAUGGUGACAUUCCUCUCUCAUUGCAUAAUUGUCGCUCUCUGUUGGUCUUUAAUGUUCGCAAUAACCAAUUAUCAGGAAACAUACCACUUUGGAUAUCUCAUGGUGUAUUGGCUCUCCAAUUAAGGUCCAAUCAUUUUAGUGGUAAAAUCUCACCACAAAUAUGUGAAAUGUCUUCCCUCAUUGUGUUGGAUAUUGCACAAAACACAAUCUCCGGUCAUAUACCCAGUUGUCUUGGUAAUAUCAAAACCCUACUUUUCAACAAUGUUUCACGCCACAAACUUUCUUUUGAAUUUCCUUCAUUUGGUGAUCGUUACUUAAUCAAUGACGACAGUCUUGAAUUGGUUACUAAAGGUCAAGUGUUACAAUAUGAAAAAAACCUACACUUUAUGACCUUAAUUGAUAUGUCAAGCAACAAUUUGUCCGGAACAAUACCUCCACAGAUGUUUAGUCUCGUUGGAUUGCAUUCCUUGAAUUUAUCCAACAACAAAUUAGCAGGAAAAAUACCAAAUGAGAUAGGAAACAUGAAAAACUUAGAGUCCCUCGAUUUUUCUACAAACCAACUUGGGGGAGAAAUUCCUCCGAGCUUAUCUAGAUUGUCCUUUUUGGGUUACUUGAACUUGUCAUUCAACAAUUUGACAGGCAAAAUACCAUCAGGCACACAACUUCAAGGGUUCUCUGCACUUAGUUACAUGGGCAAUCAUGAUCUUUGUGGACUCCCACUGACCAAAACGUGCUUUCCGGAUGAUAAACAUAAAGACAGAGAGGUUGUGCAUGAAGGUGGAAAUCAAUUUAAAUUUUUGACAUGGUUUUACAUCGGAAUGGGAUCUGGAUUUGUGAUAGGCUUUUUGGGAGUUUGUUGUACUAUUUUCUUAAACCAAAAAAUUGAGACAUGCUUCCUUUAA